GAGGGCCGGCCUCCGGCGGAGCCGCGAAUCGCUGCCCGUGGACGUGCGGGUGGCGGCUGGCAGGCGGGCGGAGCAGCAGCCCUGCAUCAAGUGCCUCAAGGGCAUGCAGAGAGACAUGCAGAGGGUGCUGCUCCAGCAGAGGGUGCUGCUCCAGUCCACCCCCUGCGCGGACAACGCAUCGAAGGUCAAGACUGGCAGCUCCCUGGCCACGACCGCGCGGAUGACGUCCGCGGAGCGUGCCCUGCUGAUGCUUGCUCCCAGGCGGACCUCGUUGUCGUCGGCGGACCGCGAGGCGCUGACCUGACGCCGCGCCGCAGCCGCAGCGGCGAGCUCGGCCUGCGGCCCCGCGGCGGCGCCGCUUCCCAGCGCGAGGCGUCCGCGGGCGGCUCCGAAGGGGGGCGGCACUUCCCCCAUCGGAAGGAAGAGGAAUGUGCACUCGGCAGGAGCCUUCAGCGUGCUGGCGGACAUAUCUCUGGAGCCCAUGCUUUCCGCAGCGGCCGGGCUAGGAAUUGUCAUACACCUUGGAGAGGCUCCUUGGGGCUCGCCAAGCUCUUUUCCGUGUUUUUACACUUCUCUUCUUGACAAUCAAGCACGAGACGUUAUAUUCUAUCGCUGGAUGCCCAGACUUUCGAGAUUGAUGGCCGCUGUCACGGGACUCGCCAGGCCCAUUUACAAUGUUUGCGCCCGGCUUGAGAAUCAAGCACGGGAGUUUUUUACACAGGAUUCCAGGAUUUCGCGAUUGGUGGGCCUUCGCGGUCUCGACGGGAAGUGUCUCGCGGGCAAGGUCUCGCGAGCAAAUUUCUCGCGAGGAAGGCCCUCGCCUGGGUUUGGACGGGUGCCUCAGGGCGGACGGUUUUUGUCCCCGGUCGGGCGGCGACGCGCGCGGGCCUCGAAAGGACACCGGACUGGUCGGAGCGGGCUUCGUCGCGGCAGCGA